AUGAAACGUGUAAAAAUUUCACGUCGAUUGGACCACAAACAGCAGAGUUAUCGAGAAGCCCAGCAGUGGCUUGAAAAACGUUACCCGGUCUCCUCUCCAUCCAAAUCAACGAUUUUUCGUUGGUAUACUGAGUUUAAACGUGGUCGUACGGACCCAAACGAUGCUGAACAUUCGGGUAGGCCAUUGGAAGCCGUUACACCGGAAAAUGUGAUGGGUGCCGCGAUUGCUUUCAAUGGACCAUGCCACAAGUCCAUGAAAACAAUGGCAAAAAUCAACGAGUUGGGCUUUGAUUUGCUUCCCCACCACCCGUAUUCGCCAGAUUUAGACCCUAGCGACUACUGGCUCUUUGCUGAUCUCAAAAAAAUGCUCCAGGGAAAAUAA